AUGUCAGUCUCCAACAGCUCUGAGGUGGAAAUCUUGACCUUCAUCCUCAUUGGUGUCCCUGGAAUAGAACAUGCUCACAUUUGGGUUGCUAUUCCCAUUUGCCUCAUAUACCUCCUUGCUAUCCUCGGGAAUUGCAUCAUCCUCUUUUUCAUAAAAACAGAAGCAUCUCUGCAUGAACCUAUGUAUUAUUUCCUCUCUAUGCUGGCAUUCUCAGACCUGGGCCUCUUGACAUCCUCCCUUCCAACCAUGCUGAGGAUCUUUUUAUUCAAUGCCACAGGAAUUUCCACUGAUACCUGCUUUGCUCAAGAAUUUUUCAUUCACGGUUUCUCUGCCUUGGAGUCUUCAGUCCUUCUCAUUAUGUCUGUUGAUCGCUUUAUAGCCAUCUAUAACCCUUUGAGAUAUACUUCUAUUUUUACCAAUGCCAGAGUGAUUAAAAUUGCCCUUGCGUUUGCUGGGAAAAGUAUUUUGUUGGUAUUCCCUUUCCCUUUUAUUCUAAAGAGGCUUAAAUUCUGUAACAAAAGCCUUCUAUCCCACUCCUAUUGUCUCCACCAGGACGUCAUGAAGUUGGCCUGUUCUGAUAACAAAGUCAAUAUAAUCUAUGGCUUUUUUGUGGCUCUAACAGGUAUGUUAGAUUUGGCGUGCAUAUCUGUGUCUUACAUGCUGAUAUUGAAAUUAGUUUUGGGGAUUUCAUCACACAAGGGUCGCCUCAAGGUCCUCAACACUUGCAUUUCUCAUAUCUGUGCUGUGCUCAUCUUCUAUGUGCCUAUCAUCACACUGGCUGUUGUCCAUCGAUUUGCCAAAAAUACUUCUCCAGUUAUUAGAGUCCUUAUAGCUGACACCUUCCUUCUGAUUCCUCCUCUUAUGAAUCCCAUUGUGUACUCUGUGAAGAGCCAACACAUUAGAAAUCGGAUCUUAGGCAAAUUAUGCGCGAAACAGAUCUAG